GGCCACCCGCGCGCGCCUCUCGGCGAGUCGGCGAGGAGAGCGAGGCGGUUAGACUUAUACCACCGCGGCGCGAGAGUGAGACGGCGGCGGCGGCGUGCGCUUUGCGUUCCGGUCAGUCAGCGUAUACCACCGGUGGUAGCGGCGGCUUCGGCGGCGGCGGUUACAGUCGGUGUGUCGUCGUCGUGAACGCGCGUAUAUGAUAUUACUCACAUCACCAUAACAUCGUCGCCGUGUGUCGUCGUAUAUUAUCGUGUUCUCGUACGAUAUAUCAUAAUAUUAUAUAGAUUAUUGUACGACUAAAACCGCCCUCCGACAGUCUUCGGCAGCAUCACGAUCAUAAUUAUAUUAUAUAUUACAUCGCUGUAUUAUAAAUAAUAUUUACGCGCGGGGCGUGUUGGUGAACGUGUCUCGAAAGCAGAGCAGACACUCGUAUCCGCGACUAAAAAGUCGUUGUCGUCGUCACCGAGAACUACAGAUCUCGCACGGCGAUGGACCAGGUGGUCGACCUGAACGUCGGCGGCGUGUUCUACACGACGGCCGCGUCCACGCUGGUGCAGGCUCAACCGUCGCUGCUGGCCGACCGGUUCAGCGGCCGGCUGGACCCACUGCCCAAGGACAGCAAGGGCCGGUACUUCAUCGACCGGGACGGCGUGCUGUUCCGGUACGUGUUGGACUUUCUGCGGGACGGCAAGCUGUCGCUGCCGGAGAGCUUCCGGGAGAAAGAGCGGCUCCGGUUGGAGGCGGCCUACUACAGGUUGGACGGCCUUACCGAGCGGCUCCGCGAACAGAGGCCCGGCUACAUCACCGUCGGCUACCGCGGCACGUUCGCGUUCGGCCGGGACGGGCUGUCCGACGUCAACUUCCGCAAGAUUCCCCGGAUCCUGAUAUGUGGCCGCGUGGCCCUGUGCCGCGACGUGUUUGGCGACUCGCUCAACGAGAGCAGGGACCCGGACCACGGAGACACGGACCGGUACACGGCCAGGUGGGUGUUUGUCAUAUUUUUUUUUUUUUGAACUCUGAAAUCGUGU